AUGGUUGGCCAACCACUUGACCUUUGUUUGCGAACCAGCAAAGACAGGAGUAAUAAAAACUCUGGGCAUCAGGAUUUUAUCAAAUCUACUAAGAACCCGUUGAGAGUUGUGGAAGAUAUAGCAUCAACCAAGAAUUCGUUGAGUGUCAUUACAGCACCAGGAUAUGGGAUUGAGGAUAAUGAGAAAAUGGUACAGAGAUGGCUUCAGCAUAUGCCGAGAGAUAGGAUGAUUUCGACCGAGUAUAGUCCGUAUCCCAAAGCGACACCUAAAUCUAACGCCAGAAAGACGUCCUUAGAGCGAAAUGAGGACUCUUACGAUAACAACAUUAACGUCAAGCUUUACAACGAGCCACUCUGGAGAAUCUUUAGACGGGAGGGAACAGAGAUGAUCAUUAACAGAUCUGGAAGGCUCAUGUAUCCACGCGUGGAGGUAACCGUGGAAGGCCUUAAUACAGGCAGUAUGUAUAGCGUCGAGAUGGUCGUGAUUGCUGUGGAUGACAAGCGCUACAAGUACAAGGACAACAUGUGGUCAGCAAUUGGCAAGUCCGACGUGCGUCAUCCAAUCACUCCUUAUAAACACCCUAGCUCACCUGCUAUGGGAUCUCAUUGGAUGAAAGAUAUUCUGUCCUUCGGACAUGUGAAACUGUCUAAUCAUGGAGGCCCUGGCAAGAUUUGCCUCCAGUCAAUGCAUAAGUAUAUGGUACAGAUCGAUGUGAUACAUCACGACACGAUGGACCAAUCGUACCACUUCACCCUCCCUGGUACGGAGUUCAUCGCUCUUACUGCAUACCUCAACGAAAAAAUCACCGACCUCAAAAUCUCGCAUAAUCCUUUUGCGAGAGCGUUCAAGAACAAGAAACUAUCAAUGGAAAAUCAAGGACACGACAGAUUCUUCUACAUCAACCUCUUCCCUGGAUAUUUCCUACAACGAAACCAACAUGGACAGCUUUCCACCAAACUGUAUGAUGAACGUGAUGCUGAGUGA